UGUUGUGACGUCGCUUAUCUCCCAGCGUUCCUUGCAUGCUUCAAUAAUUGUGAAUGGCGGGUUCUCCGUAAAUCCUGAGUUUAAAAUCAUAAUGAGAUUUUUUAAAACGUAUUCUGAUACCUAGAAUACAGUUUGGUGUGUUUUUGUUUCGUCGACAGCUAGCGUUUUAAGGUUCGUGUGAAUUUACUCAUAAAUCAGUGGCAGCUAACGUCAAGUGCUUAAUAACAGGAACGGCAUGACAAGCGCGGUGCCGGGUUCCAUGCUGCCGAUGCGCGGAAACUUUCUACACAGCCGGCUGGGUAGCUAGCUAACGCCGGCGGCUAUUUGAUUAUUCUGGAAACGGUAUUCAUAACUUUCUACGUAAUAAUAUUCAGCAAAAACGGGGGCACAAGAGAAGGUGCAAGCAUCUAGUGAUUUAGCGAAUGUUUUCUUGUCAAAUUUAAUUAACUAACUCCACCUAGCAUACUAUAAUUGUGAAAAGAAUAGCCUACGGCCAGGGAUUAACAAUUACUCGUAAAUACACGCAAGCUUUUCAUUUAUCUAAUUUUAGACUUUGUGUUCGCUCAGGGAAAUGGCGAUAAACGCUCAUUAUCCAGUGUUCGUAGUUGUUGUUUUGUCGAUGAUACGCUGUACAGUAUAUACCUCAAGCGCCUCCAAACUCAGCAUCCCCAAAGUCUUACUGCCCUUGGCCAGGGGCACCAGGAUUAACUUCACGUUGGAAGCAACCGACGGCUGCUACAGGUGGUCCUCCACCAGGCCUGAAGUGGCCAGCGUUGAGGCAGUAGAUGUGGACGAUCGGCUGUGUUCCCAGAAGGCCGUGCUGCAGGCACGCUCCUCCCAGCCAGUCCGACUCACGAGCAUCAUCCUGGCGGAGGACGUCUUAACGGGACAGGUUUUGAGGUGUGAUGCGAUUGUUGACAUCAUCAGUGAGAUCCAGGUGGUCUCCACCACGCGAGAGCUGCACCUGGAGGACUCUCCCCUUGAGCUGAAGAUCCAGGCGCUGGACUCUGAAGGAAACACCUUCAGUACUCUGGCAGGGCUGGCUUUCGAUUGGACGAUUGUGAAAGAUGCAGAGACAGCCCGGUUCUCAGACUCCCACAAUGCACUGCGAGUCCUCAAAUUCUCAGAGUCAACAUACACUCCACCAGGCUACAUCUCUGUCAUGGAGAGAGUUGGAAAGCAAGGAGACAUUAUUCUGGUGUCUGGGAUCAAAACAGGAAAUGCCAAACUCAAAGCCAGAAUCCAGGAAGUGAUCUACAAGGACGUGCCUCCUGCGGAGGUCAGGCUGCUGAUCCUGGAGAACAUUCUCCUGAACCCUGCCUCAGACGUGUACCUGCUGGUGGGUACCUCCAUCCGGUACUCCGUCCACAAGAUCCGGCAGGGCAAGAUGACCGAACUCUCCAUGCCCUGUGAACAGUACGAGUUGCAGCUCCAGAACAGUGUGAUCCAUCCCGAAGCAGACCCCACUCUGGGCGUGGCCCAGCUGGACCCAGCCACCUCCACGGUCCAUGCCCUUCAGCACGGUCACACCAACGUGGUGCUGGACCACCACAGCCUUGGCCUGCAGGGGGCAUCGCGGCUGCCCAACAGCACACUGUAUGUGGUAGAGCCAGGAUACCUGGGGUUUAAAAUUCAGCCGGGUGACCGUUGGGCCCUGCAGGUGGAGGCGGUGUAUGAGGUCACCGUGCUCGUGUUCGAUAAGUCCAGUAACAGGGUUCACUUGGCUAAUAACAUACGGAUUGACGCUGCCUUCCAGAAAGAGUACUUUCAGGUCCUGGAAUCGUCUCUGAACGGCUCGUACCACCGCGUGAGGACCCGGAAGGCGGGACAGACGGGGAUCGAUGCCGCGCUUCGGUCUGUGGUCGAUCAGAAUGGGGGAGUGCAUAUGAUUCCUGUCCCAGUGCGCAGUCAACAGGAAGUGGAAAUAUACAAUCCCAUAAUCCUCAGUCCCAGGAUUCUCACAUUUCCAUGGCAACCAAAAGUAGGAGCGUACCAGUACACCAUAAAGGCCACAGGAGGAAGUGGAAACUUCACAUGGUCUUCCUCCAGCCCGGCUGUGGCCACGGUUACGGUUAAAGGGGUGAUGACCACUGGCAGUGAUAUUGGAGUCAGUGUGAUCCAGGCCCGCGAUGUGCAGAACCUUCUGCACUACGGAGAGAUGAAGGUGUAUGUGGUGGAGCCCGUGGGGAUGGACUUUGCCCCAUGCCAGGUGGAGGUGCGGCAGGGCCUGGUGUUGGACCUGCCUCUGCGCAUCUUUGGGCUGCUGAGUGCGGACAGUGAGGAGCGCGUCAUGCUCAGCGACUGCUCCCACUUCCAGUUACAGGUGCAGAUGGAGACACAGGGUGUAUUCCAGCUUCUGCAGGGAAGACUGGCCCCUGGCCAGGGGCACUGCAGUGGAGUGCGAGUGGAGGCUCUUGCGCCGGGUCACACCACCCUGCAGGUCACCUACGCCCACGGCGCCGUGCACCUCAGUGCCAAGAUCACCAUCGCUGCCUACAAGCCUCUCAAAGCUGUUGAUCCUGUGUCUGUUGCUGUGGUAACCUUGGGCUCCUCCAAAGACAUGCUGUUUGAAGGGGGUCCUAAACCCUGGAUUUUGGAACCAUCCAAAUUCUUCAGAAAUCUGACGGCUGAAGAUGCGCAGAGCAUUAGCCUUGAGCUGUGUGGCCCCACCUCACGCAACUAUGGCCAGCACUGGGUCCGAGCCACAUGCAGGGCUCUAGGGGAACAGGUGCUGGCUAUAACGGUGGGGAACAUGGCCAGUGUGACUAACCCCUUCCCGGCGGCGGAGCCAGCUGUGGUGAAGCUGGUGUGCGCUCCUCCCUCACGCCUCACGCUCGUGCCCGUUUACGGCAGCCCCCACCUGGACCUGUCCUGCCCCCUGCUGCAGCAGAACAAGCAAAUGGUGCCUGUUUCAAAUUAUCGAAACCCCAUAUUGGACCUAGCGGCCUAUGACCAGCAGGGGCGCCGUUUUGAUAACUUCAGCUCUCUGAGCAUCGCAUGGGAGUCCAGCAGAGAGGCGCUGGCCAGCAUCCUGCCCACCCAGCCCAUCACACUGUCCGUCACCCAAGACCGCAACGGGCAGAGGAAACUCCGUGGCCUGCAGACGGUGGUGGUGCACCGGGAGUCGGGCGUGGCCGCCAUCACCGUGAGUGCCGUGGGGUACCAGCGCCCCCACAUGGAGGCCGCCCGGGUGCAGACCCCGUAUGACCCCCUGACCCCCGUUUCCGCCACGUUAGAGCUGCUGCUGGUGGAGGACGUGAGGGUGAGCCCUCAGGCCCUCACCAUAUACAACCAUCCCGACGUGCAGGCUGAAUUGACUCUAAAAGAAGGUUCUGGGUACUUCUUUGUCAACACAAGCGCAGGGGGAAUAGCAGAUUUGGUUUACCGGGAAUCCCAAGGAACUGCAGAGGUGCGCCCCCUGCAGCCCGGCCAGGUGGCGGUGAUGGUGCACGACCUCUGCUUGGCCUUCCCCGCUCCUGCCACAGCCACUGUGCGCAUUUCGGACAUCGCUGAGGUGUACAUCCGAGUGGUGGACAAGGUGGAAAUUGGGAAGACUGUGAGAGCUUAUGUGCGUGUGCUGGAUGACCACAAGCAGCCCUUUCUGUCCAAAUACUUUCCUCUGAUGAACCUGAAGCUGAAGGCAGCUUCUGCAAUUGUGUCUCUCUCGCACCUGGCGGAGUCAUCCGAGCCGGACACAGCCGUGUUCCUGGUCCAGGGUGCGGCUGUCGGCCAGACCACUCUCUCUGCCGUGGUGUUGGAUAAGAGUGGGAGAAGAGUCAUGUCUGCUCCGCAGCAAAUGGAAGUGUUCCCUCCCUUCAGACUGCUGCCUCGGAGGUUGUGUGUGAUUGUAGGGGCCAUGAUGCAGAUUACAUCAGAGGGGGGGCCACCGCAGUCCAAUAUCCUGUUCUCCAUUGGCGACGGGAGCAUCGCCACGGUCAACCGCAUGGGUCACGUGAGGGGCGUGGCCGUGGGCAAUGUGACGGUGACCGGCUUGGUGCAGGCGGUGGAUGUGGAGAGUGGGAAGCAGGUGGUGGUUUCUCAGGAUCAGGUGGAAGUGGAAGUUGUGCAGUUGAGGGGAAUCAGAAUCCGAGCGCCCAUCACAAGGAUGCAGACUGGGACCCAGAUGCCUGUGUAUGUGAUGGGGAUGACCAGCAGCCAGACGCCCUUCUCCUUUGGUUCUGCGCUGCCGGGGCUAAGCUUCCAUUGGUCAGUCUCCAAGCGGGACGUCCUGCAGCUGCACACCCGCCAAUCAGAGGUGUCUGUGCAGCUGCAGCCGGAGCACAGCUUCUCCAUGAGUGUCCACGGGCGAUCGAAGGGCCGCACGGCUCUGAAGGUGACGGUCCGAGCCUCAGAUCCACAGGCUGGACACCUGCUGGGAAACGGAGCAGAACUCUCAGAUGAGAUCCAGAUCCAGGUGUACGACAGACUGCAUUUAGUGAAUCCAGAAGUGGAGGUGGAGGAUAUUCGGAUGUCCCCAAAUUCUGUACUAAAGCUUCAGACUAACAGGGACGGAGUGGGCAAGCUGUCAUACCUUGUGCUGGAUUGUCCUGAUAAGGGGGGGUUGGUACAGGUGGAUGAAGCUGGCCACCUGUCAUCUGGCUCUCUCACUGGCUCCGCCUCUCUACAAGUCACCUCUCAGGAGCCUUUUGGCAUCAAUCAAACCCUGAUCCUUGCUGUGAAGGUGGUUCCGGUAGCGUACGUGCGGUUCAGUCCCAGCCCGGUUCUGCACACGGCCAACAGAGAGACCCUCUCUGCCGUUCCCCUGGGAACCGUGCUCACCUUCAGUGUGUGUUGCCACGACAGCACUGGCCACAUUCUCCACGCCCACUCCUCCGCCCUCACCUUUGCCACCAACAGGGAUGACCUGGUUCUGGUCGGCAGAGGGCCUGACAACACUACGCUGACGGUGCGGACGGUGAGCGUGGGUGUGACGCUGCUGGGGGUGUGGGACACGGAGCAGACAAGCGUGGCCGACUUCCUUGCGUUGCCAGUGCAACACGCCAUCCACCCCAGCGAAGCACAGAGCCUGGUCGUGGGUGAUGUCAUCUGCUUCAACACACAACUCGUCAAUCAAGAAGGGCUCACAGGCACCUGGAGUUCCUCAGUGGGGGGGGUGCUGGAGUUGGACCCUCGCACAGGAGUGGGCGUGGCUCGCGAUGCUGGCGCUGUCACUGUGUUCUAUGAAAUCCCUGGACAGCAGACCACCUACAGAGAGGUGGUUGUGGGUGUGGCCUCCAGGACCUCUGUCAUGGCUCAUGCUGCGGUAGUGAAGGAGGGAAGUGAAUCUCGUGUGCUGAUCACCACCCGCGAGCAAGGCACCAACCUGAUAGGGUCCUGCUCGUCUGCGCAGAUCAGCGCCAUCCCGCAGCUGCAGCCUCAGUCCAGCAUCAGCUGCCGGCUGCAGUUCAGCAGCGACUCCAUUGAGUUUCCUGCACACGACAUCUUCACCACGCAGACUGGCUUUGACCCCAGUGCAGGAUUUUAUACCUGCUCCAUCUCCUGGCGGCUUCUGACGGAGCAGCAGCAGCGUGCUCUGGCCCUGUCCACGGCUCAGCUGGAGGUGCAGGCGGCGGUGGAGGGCUGUCCUUUCUCUGGUGAGCAGAUCAGUGUGCAGCUGCCAAUCAGCCCUGGCCUCUACUCCGACCAGAAGGACCUGCUCCUGAGUGCCCACCGCCCGUCAGCUGAGCUCAUAAUUUAUGGACAACCUGCCUCUCUCAGCAGCCUGGAGGUGUCAUCUAGCACCCCAGCUGUGGUCAUCCAGGAGCAGGGAGUGUUUCCAGGAAACCCCAGCUUUGCCAGAUUUACGGUCAAGAUAGCCGAGCCCAGGCUGGCCAUCCAGGACACCACCUCAUCUGUUAUCUCCGUGACGACGAGAAAGUCGCCUGGACAGGUCCUCCUCCUGCCAGUAACCAUCAUCUCUGCAGCAGAUCACAGUGUUGCCAUGCGAGCUUCUCCAGCUGUAGGGUGGGAGGGGCCCACAGUUCUGCAGCAGAUGAUUGACUCGUACCAGGUUAUGUUCUUCACUCUCUUCGCCCUGCUGGCAGGCACUGCCAUCACUGUUAUUGCCUGCCACGCCUUCUUUUCCCCAAGGGAAGCGGCUUAUCAUCCAGCGUUUAUCCAGAAGACUCCGCCUUCCUCAGGUGUUGCUUCUCCUGCCAUGGGUACUUUCAUCAACAGCUCACCUGCAGACCUGAGAGGCAGUCCCAAACUGCGACUCUACUCCCCAGACUACAACUCCCGCUAGGCUCUCCCCAGACUACAACUCCCGCUAGGCUCUCCCCAGACUACAACUCCCGCUAGGCUCUCCCCAGACUACAACUCCCGCUAGGCUCUCCCCAGACUACAACUCUCACUAGACUCUCCCCCAACUACAACUCCCGCUAGCCUCUCCCCAAACUACAACUCCCACUGGACUCUCCCUAGACUACAACUCCCGCUAGUAUCUCCCCCGAAUACAACUCCCGCAAGCCUCUCCCCAAACAACAACUCCCGCUAGACUCUCCCCUGAUUACAACUCCCGCUAGACUCUCCCCAGACUACAACUCCUGCUAACUUCACCCCAGACUACAACUCCCACUAGCCUUUCCUCUGACUACAACUCCCUUUAGCCUCUCCAUGGACUAUAACUCCCUCUAGACUGUCCCUUGGACUACAAUUCCCAAUAGACUCUCCCCUGGGCUGAAACUCCCAGUAGACUCUUCUGGCCCACACCUUCCCCCAGACUUUUGUCUAGACUGUAACUGACGAGACAGCCACAGCUGCACAGAACCUGCAAGGCUUCCAGCCCCAAGUGCCUUCCAUGCAGACCGCUAUGCUGCGAGCGGUAAUCAGUGGUCUACAUGAUCCGUGUCUGUUUAGUUCGUGUCAGUUCUUUUGAAGGGGUGGAAACUGAAUUCAAGAGUUGGGUACAUUUGCUUGGUUUUGUUUUUUAUAUUAAGUGUGUGUUUUAUUCUGCUGCAAUUAUUUUAAUGCUUAUUUUCGUAAAAGAUAAAAAAAUGCUGCCUUUAACCAUAUAUACAUAUUUACAUAUAUGGAUGGAUUGCUUUGCACAUGUUUAAGCUUUGCAGACUUAUUACCAAACCUGUGGAAUGAUGGGAUCGAUAGCGACUUCUUCUGUAACUCAGGAUAUUAAUGCACUGAAUUCCAGUUUGACACUGUCAUAUGGAAACCUGAAAAUGUCAAUCAAAUAUAUAUCAGGAUGUUUGUGUUUUGGAAAAAAAGUAGCAAUUAAUGUGAAUAAUAUAACUGAACCUGUCCCUAUAUGAUGUGUGGGUGGCUUAAAAGCUUAUUUAUGAUUAAUUUUUUAAAGCCUGUAAGAUGUGUUUUUUUGUGGUGUGCAGCAUAUUCUGAACUCCAUAAAACCUCUGAAGGUCCUUUUGCCUCUGAGCCGGAGUAAGGAGCUCCUCUGAGCUGGAUAAGGGGCUCCUCUGAGCCGGAGUAAGGAGCUCCUCUGAGCAGAGUAAGGGGCUCCUCUGAGCCGGAUAAGGGGCUCCUCUGAGCCGAGUAAGGGGCUCCUCUGAGCAGAGUAAGGGGCUCCUCUGAGCCGGAGUAAGGAGCUCCUCUGAGCAGAGUAAGGGGCUCCUCUGAGCUGGAGUAAGGGGCUCCUCUGAGCUGGAGUAAGGGGCUCCUCUGAGCAGAGUAAGGAGCUCCUCUGAGCAGAGUAAGGAGCUCCUCUGAGCAGAGUAUAAGGGGCUCCUCUGAGCAGAGUAAGGGGCUCCUCUGAGCCGGAGUAAGGAGCUCCUCUGAGCAGAGUAAGGGGCUCCUCUGAGCCGGAGUAAGGGGCUCCUCUGAGCCGGAGUAAGGGGCUCCUCUGAGCCGGAGUAAGGGGCUCCUCUGAGCUUCAGUAAGGGGCUCCUCUGAGCCGAGUAAGGAGCUCCUCUGAGCUGGAGUAAGGGGCUCCUCUGAGCCGAGUAAGGAGCUCCUCUGAACUGGAUAAGGGGCUCCCUGUGAGUGCAUGCAGAAAUGUGAAGGAGCCACUGAUCUCUCAUCCACAUCCGCCCAUCAGACAGCUGUGAGCUGUGUCUGAUCUGUGACUGCACUGUGUCUGAUCUGUGUCUGAGCUGUGACUGCACUGUGUCUGAUCUGUGACUGAUCUGUGUCUGAGCUGUGAUUGAUCAGUGACUGAUCUGUGACUGAGCUGUGUCUGAUCUGUGACUGCGCUGUGUCUGAUCUGUGUCCGAUCUGUCUGAUCUGUGUCUGAUCUGUGUCUGAUCUGUGACUGAUCUGUGUCUGAUCUGUGUCCGAUCUGUCUGAUCUGUGUCUGAGCUGUGUCUGAUCUGUCUGAGCUGUGACUGAUCUGUGUCUGAGCUGUGUCUGAUCUGUGAAUGAGGAUUGGAAUUUUUCUGUUUGCUUGAGAAAAGUGUUGAUGACAGAAGUGUUUUGCCUUGGUUUUUUAUGAUUAAAUAAAUUCACAUUAAUAUUUAAAGAUUUAUUUUUGAAAGCCUUUUGAGACUACAACCUUAGUGCACUGCCAUAUUUUGUAUUUUGUUAAAACUAGGGGCAUUUCUGGUAAUUAUCAAUGACACAAAGUUGACCUCUUGAAGAAUUAGAAUUUUCCUGCAUGUGAAACUGGUCUGUAAUGUGAGUCAUUCCGCUUUGGAUCUCUAACUUACGCUUCUGAACACAAUGAACCUGAUGUAAAUAAUUAAUGAUGCUUAAAGAGCUAGCUAGGUUUUGUUUAUUUUUGUGAAAUAAAGUUGUUUUUUCUAAACGUUG